AUGGUGGUAAGAUCGCUUGACAUUAAUACAUAUCCAUUUCGACCUCAAGAGAACGAUGAAGAGCUUCUUGGUGAUGAAACUCCUUAUCUUAGUGCGAUCGGGGCACUAAUGUACCUUGCUAACAAUACUCGACCAGAUAUCUGUUUUGCAGUAAGUCUACUGGCAAGAUUCAGUUCCUCCCCAACAAAAAGACAUUGGAAUGGUGUUAAACACAUACUUCGAUAUCUUCGAGGGACCAUGGACAUAGGUUUGUUCUAUUCCAAUGAAUCCAAAUCAGAACUGAUUGGUUACGCAGAUGCAGGGUAUUUAUCAGAUCCGCAUAAAGCUCGAUCACAAACAAGCUAUUCGUUUACAUGUGGAGACACGACAAUAUCUUGGCAAUCAAUGAAACAAACGUUAGUAGUCACUUCUUCAAAUCAUGCAGAAAUAAUAGCCAUCCAUGAAGCAAUUCGAGAGUGCGUCUAG